CCGACUUUGUGCCCCGUUUUAUCUUCCAAACACUCUCCCUGCUUCUCGAACUACUGGCUUUGGAGGUGAGCCGACGGUCUCAGCUCUUCCGUUCAGGUACGUUGAAACCCUAAUUUUAAUAUCUGUAUCUUUUGCUCUGUCUUCUCAUAAACCCUAAUCAAUGGUUUUCGUCAAAUCAUUUGACAACAAAACCCUAAUCCUCAAUCUAAACCCCAAGGCCACCACUUUUGAAACCCUAAAACACCAAAUCGAGCGCGAGUUGGGGAUACCUCUAUCACUACAACGGAUAUUCCUAAACCCCCGUCGAUUGAUCGGAGAUGAGUCGGCGUUGAUCGCCGAGCUUGGUGUCCGAUCUGACUCGGCCCUAACCCUACACUUGCCUCUCUUCGGAGGCAUGCAAGCCCCGGUUGUCCCGAAGCCUAGGCUCGAAUUCUUGAACACCAAACCGCCGCCGAAUUAUGUUGCCGGUCUCGGUCGUGGUGCCACAGGGUUCACCACUCGGUCCGAUAUUGGACCGGCUCGAGCGGCCCCAGACCUUCCGGACCGAUCUGCCACAACAAUUGGUGGGGCCGCUGCGCCUGGAGGUAUCGGCCGCGGCAGGGGAAAGGGAGGUGCCGAGGAGGAGGAGGAAGAUGAAGGGGAUGAAAAGGGGUAUGAUGAAAAUCAGAAGUUUGAUGAAUUUGAAGGGAAUGAUGUCGGGUUGUUUGCAUCGGCUGAAUAUGAUGAGGAUGAUAAGGAGGCUGAUGCUGUUUGGGAGGCCAUCGAUAAGAGGAUGGAUUCGAGGAGGAAGGAUAGGAGGGAGGCAAGGUUGAAACAGGAGAUUGAGAAGUAUAGAGCAUCUAACCCGAAAAUUACUGAGCAGUUUGCGGAUUUGAAGAGGAAGUUGUGUACACUAUCUGCACAAGAAUGGGAUAGUAUUCCAGAAAUUGGGGAUUAUUCCCUGAGGAAUAAGAAGAGGAGGUUUGAAAGUUUUGUGCCUGUGCCUGAUACGCUUCUUGAGAAGGCCCGGCAAGAGCAGGAGCAUGUUACAGCAUUGGAUCCUAGGAGUAGGGCAGCAGGUGGGACUGAAACACCAUGGGCACAAACCCCAGUAACAGAUUUGACAGCAGUGGGAGAGGGGAGAGGAACAGUUUUGUCACUGAAGUUGGAUAGGCUUUCAGAUUCCGUGUCAGGGUUGACGGUUGUGGACCCAAAAGGAUAUUUGACUGAUCUUAAGAGUAUGAAGAUUACAAGUGAUGCAGAGAUUUCAGAUAUUAAGAAGGCUAGAUUAUUGCUUAAGUCAGUCACACAGACAAAUCCAAAACACCCACCUGGGUGGAUUGCUGCAGCAAGACUGGAAGAGGUUGCUGGUAAGAUACAGGCUGCGAGACAGUUAAUACACAAAGGAUGUGAGGAGUGUCCCAAGAAUGAGGAUGUGUGGUUGGAGGCAUGUAGGCUUGCAAGUCCUGAUGAAGCCAAGGCUGUUAUAGCUAAGGGAGUGAAGGCUAUAUCCAAUUCGGUCAAGUUGUGGAUGCAAGCUGCAAAGCUUGAGCACGAUGAUGUGAAUAAAAGCAGGGUCUUGAGGAAAGGGCUUGAACAUAUACCCGACUCUGUGAGGCUGUGGAAAGCAGUUGUGGAGCUUGCUAAUGAGGAGGAUGCAAGGCUUUUGCUUCAGAGGGCUGUGGAAUGUUGUCCUUUGCAUGUAGAAUUGUGGCUUGCUCUUGCAAGGCUGGAAACUUAUGAUAAUGCAAAGAAGGUUCUUAAUAAGGCAAGGGAGAAGCUCUCGAAGGAGCCAGCUAUUUGGAUAACAGCUGCAAAGUUGGAAGAAGCCAAUGGAAAUACUGCUAUGGUUGGGAAGAUAAUCGAAAGGGGUAUUAGGGCUUUGCAAAGAGAAGGGUUGGCAAUUGAUAGAGAGGCUUGGAUGAAAGAGGCUGAGGCUGCUGAACGGGCAGGGUCUGUUGCAAGUUGCCAGGCUAUAGUCCAUAACACAAUUGGCAUUGGGGUGGAAGAAGAGGAUCGGAAGAGAACCUGGGUUGCUGAUGCGGAGGAGUGCAAGAAAAGGGGCUCCAUUGAGACAGCAAGAGCUAUUUAUGCUCAUGCUCUUACCGUGUUUUUAACAAAGAAGAGCAUAUGGCUAAAAGCUGCACAGCUUGAAAAGAGCCACGGCACUCGUGAGUCUCUUGAUGCCCUUCUUCGUAAAGCAGUAACUUACAGACCACAGGCUGAAGUUCUGUGGCUGAUGGGUGCCAAGGAGAAGUGGCUUGCUGGUGAUGUGCCUGCUGCUCGAGCAAUUCUUCAAGAAGCUUAUGCUGCUAUUCCCAACUCUGAAGAAAUUUGGCUUGCAGCAUUCAAGCUUGAAUUUGAGAAUCAUGAGCCCGAGAGGGCGAGAAUGCUUCUUGCUAAAGCCCGUGAAAGAGGAGGCACUGAAAGAGUGUGGAUGAAAUCAGCUAUUGUUGAGAGAGAACUAGGGAACACUGGGGAAGAGAGGAGGUUGCUUGGCGAGGGGCUGAAACUCUUCCCUUCAUUCUUCAAAUUGUGGCUGAUGCUUGGACAGCUAGAGGAGCGGUUUGGUAACUUUGAGAAGGCCAAGGAAGCCUAUGAUUCAGGUCUAAAGCACUGCCCCAGUUGUAUUCCUCUUUGGCUUUCACUGUCUCACCUUGAAGAGAAGAUGAAUGGCCUGAGUAAGGCUCGAGCAGUUCUUACCAUGGCUAGAAAAAAGAAUCCUCAGAACCCUGAACUCUGGCUUGCUGCAGUGCGAGCUGAAUCACGACAUGGCAACAAGAAGGAAGCGGACAUUUUGAUGGCCAAAGCACUGCAGGAGUGCCCCACUAGUGGUAUUCUGUGGGCAGCAUCAAUUGAGAUGGUUCCUCGUCCCCAGCGGAAAACUAAGAGUCUGGAUGCACUCAAGAAAUGUGAUCAUGAUCCCCAUGUCAUUGCUGCUGUGGCCAAGUUAUUCUGGCAUGACAGGAAGGUGGACAAAGCUAGGACCUGGCUGAACAGGGCUGUAACUCUUGCCCCAGAUAUUGGGGACUUCUGGGCAUUAUACUAUAAAUUUGAAGUUCAGCAUGGAAGUGAGGAAAAUCAGAAGGAUGUACUGAGGAGAUGUGUAGCUGCAGAACCUAAGCAUGGUGAGAAAUGGCAAGUCAUUUCAAAGGCUGUGGAGAACUCCCACCUCCCAACUGAAGCCAUCUUGAAGAAAGCAGUGGUUGCACUUGGCAAGGAAGAGAGUGUUGCUGAGAGCAGUAAAGACUAAUUAGUUCAGGAAACUUUUGUCACUUUGAUUUAGUAGUCAAGAUUUGUAUUGGAACAUAGAAAGAUCUGUACUCUUGCAAGUCUUCUUCACUGGCCUAUUUUAUCUUCCUCAUAUCUUCCAUUUCUAACAUAAACAAUGCGGGAGAAGUAUUUUUAUGUUGAUUUUUAGAAUUCCAUGUUGGAACUCCUCUUGUUAUCCCUCUGUUUUUUCUCAGGGAGAUCACUCACCCUACAUGCUUAUGCAUGUUUGUUUGCCGUUGUAA